CAUUUAUAAGCAAAAGGUAUGAAGAUGGAUGGAAGGGAGGAUGCAAAGAUAGAAAGAGAGAUAGGAUGUAUGAUGAGAUUCUACGAUAGAUGGAUGAAUAUCAGUCAUCUCAUAGUUUAUACGAUACAGUAUGAGAAAGUGUUCCGAUACCAGCAUGUUGAUUGUCACAUUUACAAUAAAUUGAAGUCAUCCUUCAGUGAUGCACUGUUUAAUUCCCAAUGCCACACUCAGCACCAUAGGAAGUUUCGUAUACCCUCAUUUCACAAUUACUUGACAGCAAUAUGUAAGUUUUUUUCGCAAAGUUGCGGGCGCGUCAACCAAGAAUAAGUAACGCCAUUCACUUUUACCUGUCUUUCCCGCAACAAACAAAGAGAUACUGGCUACUCCUGUCUAUCUUUCUCUUUCAUCCUUUCACCCUGUAGAAAAGCAUGUAGCUUUUAUUUGAAAUUUGACGAGUAACCGAGAAUAACACGCUCGCCUUUAUAUAAUUACAAUAGAUGUCCACUGAAGCUUCUAUCCAAUCCCGUGGUGAACAAAAGGCCCGUAAGGCUAUCCUUUCUCUCGGUUUAAAGCCCGUUAACGGUGUCAACCGUGUCACCUUCACCCGUGGCAGAGGUUUGGUCUAUGCUAUUAGCAACCCUGAAGUCUACAAGUCUACCAACUCUGAUACUCACAUCGUUUUCGGUGUUAUGGAAAUGGAAGAUUUGGCUGCUCGUGCUCAACAAGCUGCUAUGGAACAACAAUUAGCUGCUGAUGCUGAAAAGUCUGCCGAAGGUGAGGACAAGACCGAAGAAGCUUCUGCUGCUGCCGUCGCUGAUGAAGAUGAUGGCGAAGAAGUCGAUGCCACUGGUGUCGAAGAAAAGGAUAUUGAAAUGGUUGUCAGCCAAGCCAACGUCUCCCGUAACAAGGCUAUUAAGGCUCUUAAGAACAAUGACAACGAUGUUGUCAAUGCCAUCAUGGAACUUACUAUGUAAUUAAAAUACUAAUUUCCCAAUCACCGUAUAGUCUCCUUUUAUUUACCUUGAUGUGAUUUCAACAUCAAUCUGAAAUAAACAUAUACACAUAUUACAUCAAUCCGAGCUUUAAUGUAAGAUGGACAAUGCUGUAUGUUGAUAUGGCGAUGAUAUACAGGCAGCUUUGUUUAUACCGUUUUUCGGCUUGUCUCGGUUGAUGCACC